AAUUCUCCAACUCUAUAAUGAUGAUAUUCAGUUGAAGUGCAUGGCCAUGUAUAACCCCAUAGCCAACAUACUUGAAAGCCAAUCCCCACUAAAACAGGUUAAAACCCUAGAAUCCAAGGAAACACAGCUCUUUGCUCCCCACCAUCCCCAACCAAACCUCUGGUUUUCACAGUAAGAGAAGGAUAAAAGCAUGUUUCUUUACUACGUACCCCAGCUCACUUCUAUAAAGCACAAAAUUCACAUCAAUAUGGGUCUCUUCCAAAAACACUCUUCAUCAUGUAAUGUUAUAGACAGUGGCAAAGUGAUUGAUUGUUAUAAAUCUAUACCCCCUACCACUACUCUCAGUCAUCUCAAAACCAUUCCCUCUAUUCUACAAUCACACAUACCAUACUCCCUUCUCCCGUAAUUCUCCUCCCAUAAAUACCUUUCCAUAUCCUGUAACAUUAACUUCCAAAAUCAACUUUCACACCACAUGUUCGAAAACUUCCAGUAGUUCUCAAAAAUGUCCAUCACAGGACUCUCAUCAGACCCUAGUAAGCCUUACAAGAAGUCCUUGCAUCGGAGAAACAAUUCUGAUGAGCUUGAUGUGUUUGAGGCAGCACGGUAUUUCUCAGGGUACAAUGAAGCAGGUGCGGGGUAUAAUGGUGCAACUUACACACAGAGAGUCAUGAGAGAAGAUCAUAAGAAUUCUUGGAGGGGAGGAAGAAUGAGCCUAGAUGUACCAAUGAGAAAUCCGCUACCUCAUCAUAUCCAUCAACAGCCUCAUACAGUGGAGAAGCAAAUACUGAAAGAGAAGAAAUACAAGCAACCAAGCUCUCCAGGUGGUAGACUUGCCAGCUUCUUGAAUUCUCUCUUUAAUCAAACAAGCUCUAAAAAUAAGAAAUCAAAGUCCACCACACAAUCAAUGAAAGAUGAUGAUGAGAGCCCCGGUGGAAGGAGGAAAAGGAGGAGCAGCAUUAGUCAUUUUCGAAGCUCAAGCACUACUGAUACAAAGUCUUUGUAUUCUUCUUCAAGCUCUGGUUUUAGGACACCCUCUCCUUAUACACACCCUCCAACAAAGGGCUGCAAGGAGUCCAGAAGCUAUUCAGAUCACAAGCAAAUAGUUUCCUUGUCAAAGCAGAAUGGGACUGUGAAGUCCACAACUUUCCAAAAUGAGAUAUCGGAUGAUAAAAAGAAGUCAGGUUUCUCUUGGCUGGAGGAGAGAUACAAAUUCGUCAAUGAUGGGUUUUCAGAUCAGAAAGCAGCCAAGAAUCGCGGUAACCAAUAUUUGGAGAAAGACAGGACUUGGGUUGAUGAACAUUAUCGAUCAGAGGAAAACGAAUUUAGGAAGUUCAAUGAGGUGGAUGAUGGAGCUGAGAGUGAUUCAAGCUCUGAUUUGUUUGAACUGCAAAACUGUGACUUGGGUAUCUACUCAAAUGGUCUGCCCGUGUAUGAAACAACACAUAUGGAUAGCAUCAAAAGAGGAGCAGUUCCAAUUUCAAAUGGCACCCUAUGAGAGACAGAAUUAUAUUUUGUGCAUUUCCCUUUGUUGAACGGUUAUUAAUUGAUGAUAUUACUAUAAGAAGCUGUGAGAAGAAUAUUAUUGCCAUAUUGUCAUGUCUUAGAUCUUGCUUUCCAAUUUUUUUCCCCCUUCCUGUUUCAAUUCCUCUCUUUCUUUUCAUGUCUGUAUGUACAGUGUGGAAUGUUUAUUUGUCUUUCUUUUUCUCUC